UUACUAUUUUUUCGAAUUUUAUCGCGAAAACAAAUAAAAAACGUGGGCAAAAAUGCUUCUAGUAGUUUCCACAACAUAACGCCACUUUAAUAACCCACUUUUAAUUCAGUUCAAGUUAAAAAAUGUUACUCUUGUGAGACUGACAAAAUGGUAGUUUCGCUUUUAGUUAAUAAAAUAAAACACUUGGUUUUAUUCUUUGUGAGUGUAUUUAAACGCGCUUUGUGUUGUUUUCGACGUCGUCGUCGUGUGUCCGUAGAUUCGGUGCCGUUGACUCAUGUCGGAGUCGUUUCAAACCAGAAAGAAAACUGGGCUUGGGACGAUAAACCCGACUAUUCCGAGCCAAAGACAGUUCAAGAUCACAUUGAACUGUACAGAAAACGCAAAGUUGACGCUCAGCAGCAAUCCGAAGUGCCGGCAGAGGAACGCCUUGACUUUUUCGAAGACAUGGCCCCAAAAAUCACCAAACAGACAAAAGUUUUUAUUAAAACCGACCGGGAGGAGACAGGGCCUCCCUCUCGCUUGAAUUUAAUCGAGACUGUACCAGAGUCUGGAGAGCUCCAAGAGUGGGAGGAGAACUCAGGCUGGGAAGGUGAAACCUUAGACUGGGACGCUCAGCAAGCCUUACGAGAGAAAAAAAGACAAGACAGGGAGAAGAAGCUGUGGGAACAGCAGCAGAAAAGACAGGAGAAAAUCAACCGGGCUCUGGGGGCCCGCAUUAGCACAUAACGUUAGUUUAAGCCAAAUUGAUAAAUAUUUUCGUGAAAUAAAGUUCGAAUAUUCCAAAAAAUUGUAUUUGCAUUUAUUAUAAAAAUGUACAAAAUAUAAAUUUAACAACAUACAAAUCGUGGAGCAUAAAAUAUAACAGAAAAAUGAAUAAAUAAAUAUUUGAAAAAAG